AUGGCGCCCCCUCGGGACGUGGUGAAGAUCGCCGUUCAGAAGCGUGACGCCAUCCCGCAGCUCAUCCAGCUGGACCAGGCAAAGCCCCUGGCCGCUGUGCUGAAGGAGGUGUGCGACGCGUGGAGUCUGGCUCACUCUGAACGCUAUGCCCUGCAGUUUGCUGAUGGGCACAAGAGAUACAUCACAGAGAAUAACCGCUCAGAGAUCAAGAACGGCAGCAUCCUGUGCCUCAGCACCGCCCCAGACCUCCAGGCUGAGCAGCUGUUGGGUGUGCUGCAGAAUGGGAGUCGUGAAGGGCGCCGGGAAGCGCUGCAGCAUCUCGUCCUGCUUGCUCCAGACAUGACCUUUGCGCAGGAGGUCAUCAGCCGUGAGGGGCUUCAGAAGCUAGGCACCAUCAUUGAGGAAGGGGAUGACCUAGGAGAGGAGCUGGCCCUCGCACUGCAGGUCUUCUUGGAGCUCAUGGAGCACGGCGUGGUGUCCUGGGAGACACUCAGUGUCCCCUUUGUUAAGAAGGUGAUACGCUAUGUGAACAUGAACCUGAUGGACGCAUCUGUGCAGCCCCUGGCCCUCAGGCUGCUGGAAAGCGUGACCUUGAGCAGCCCUACCCUGGGUCAGCUGGUCAAGAGUGAGGUGCCCCUGGACAGGCUGCUGGUACACAUACAGGUGAUGAAUCAGCAGCUGCAAACCAAGGCCAUGGCACUGCUGACAGCCUUGCUGCAGGGGGCCAGCCCUGCUGAACGUAAGCACAUGCUGGACUACCUGUGGCAGAGAAACCUUCGCCAGUUCAUCUAUAAGAACAUCAUCCACAGUGCAGCCCCCCUGGGCGACGAGAUGGCUCACCACCUGUACGUGCUGCAGUCCCUCGCCCUGGGGUUGCUGGAGCAGCGCAUGCGGACACCGCUGGACCCCUACAGCCAGGAGCAGCGGGAGCAGCUGCAGGCCCUGCGCCAGGCGGCCUUCGAGCUGGAAGGGGAGUCUCCCAGUGCCGGGGGGCUGAGUGCUGACCGGCGCCGUUCCCUCUGUGCCCGGGAGUUCCGCAAACUGGGCUUCACCAACAGCAACCCCGCACAGGACCUAGAGCGCGUGCCCCCCGGCCUGCUGGCCCUGGACAACAUGCUCUACUUCUCCCAGCAUGCCCCCAGUGCCUACAGCCGGUUUGUGUUGGAGAACAGUAGUCGUGAGGACAAGCACGAGUGCCCCUUUGCCCGGAGCAGCAUCCAGCUGACUGUGCUGCUGUGUGAGCUGCUCCGUGUCGGGGAGCCCUGCUCCGAAACGGCCCAGGACUUUUCGCCCAUGUUCUUCAGCCAAGACCAGAGCUUCCAUGAGCUCUUCUGUGUGAGCAUUCAGCUUCUGAAUAAGACCUGGAAGGAGAUGCGGGCCACACAGGAGGACUUUGACAAGGUCAUGCAAGUGGUCCGGGAGCAGCUGGCCCGCACGCUGGCCCUGAAGCCCAGCUCCCUGGAGCUCUUCCGGACCAAGGUGAACGCACUCACGUACGCGGAGGUGCUGCGACUGCGCCAGACUGAGCGGCUGCAUCAGGAGGGCACACUGGCCCCUCCCAUACUGGAGCUUCGGGAGAAGCUGAAGCCAGAGCUCAUGGGCCUGAUCCGCCAGCAGCGUCUGCUCCGCCUCUGCGAGGGCACUCUCUUCCGCAAGAUCAGCAGCCGGAGACGCCAGGACAAGCUGUGGUUCUGCUGCCUGUCCCCCAAUCACAAAGUGCUGCAGUACGGGGACGUGGAGGAUGGUGCCAACCCACCUGCCCCCGAGAGCCUCCCAGAACAGCUCCCAGUGGCUGACCUCAGGGCACUACUGACCGGCAAAGACUGCCCCCACGUCCGGGAGAAAGGCUCAGUGAAGCAGAACAAGGACCUCUAUGAGCUAGCUUUCUCAGUCAGCUAUGACCACGGGGAGGAGGAGGCGUACCUCAACUUCAUCGCCCCCUCCAAAAAGGAGUUCUACCUGUGGACGGAUGGGCUGAGCACCCUGCUGGGCAGUCCCAUGGGCAGUGAGCAGACACGGCUGGACUUGGAGCAGCUGCUGACCAUGGAGACCAAGCUGCGCUUGUUGGAGCUGGAGAACGUGCCCAUCCCUGAGCAGCCACCCCCGAUUCCCCCGCCCCCCACCAACUUCAACUUCUGCUAUGACUGCAGCAUCACGGAACCCUGA